CUUUUUCCGCGGUUAAUCCAAACAAUAAAUCUAUACAUAAAUUUCAAAUUCUGAGUUGGUGUUCAUGGCUUUUUCAGCUUGCCCUUUCUGCAAUUUCAGCGUUCCGACUCACGAACUCCAGAGACACGCGAAUCAGCAUUUCAUCGGCGAAGAUGAGGCGAGAGAUAUGGAGUUCGCGCGGCGAAUCGCUCAUCUUCCGCCCAGUCCAUCUCCAACUAAUAACUAUAUUUCGAUUUAUGAGGAUAGUGCUCCGAGCAGUUCUUAUGUUGUUGAUGCUAGGGUAGAUACAACUGCAAGUGGAGGGAAUAGAUAUGAUCAAGUCCAUGCUUCUUUAGUCGUGUCACAGAGACAGGAGGUGUCCUACAAAAUCGAAUGUGAUUUGAUGGUUAUGCUGAGAAAAUGUUUGGAAUCGGAAUCAGGAAGCUCGAGAACUGUGUUGUGUGGGUAUAUUGAUCAUUUCCAGAGCAUUGUAUCCCAUGAUCAUGGUUGGGGAUGUGGGUGGCGUAACAUACAGAUGCUCAGCUCUCACUUGAUCAAACAAAGACAAGAAGCACGACAAGCCCUUUAUGGCGGUUCUGGGUUUGUACCUAAUAUUGAAUCGCUUCAAAGGUGGCUUGAACUUGCCUGGGAGAAAGGGUUCGAUCCUCCUGGCUCUGAUGAUUUUGAUCGGAGAGUUCAUGGCACGAGAACUUGGAUUGGAACCACGGAGUGUGCUGCACUUCUCCGUUCCUUUGGUCUGCGUGCCAGAAUUGUUGAUUUUUCUACGAGGAAAGCCGCAGGGGUUUAUGGGCCAAUGGACAGGUUUCUUUCAAAGGGAGCAGGCUCUUCAGUUGCAGUUUCCGCUGGGAAAGAAAGCGAUAGAGAUUAUGGGAAGGGUAAGGGUCACCAGGUUCUUGCUCGAUGGGUUUGGAAUUACUUUUCUAGCAGCAAUGCACGUAGAUCAAGCAAUCAGCAUGUUGUUCUUAGUGAGAAAUCGCCACUGUACUUCCAACAUGAUGGCCAUUCAAGAACCAUUGUUGGCAUUCAAGCUAAGCCCGAGAAGAAUGGGACGCUGCAGUACAACUUGCUGAUUCUGGAUCCGAGUGAAAGGACAAGAGCUCUGGAGAAAUCUCUCAGCGUAAAUGCUGGUUGGCAGCAAUUAAUAAAGAGAGGUGUGCACACUCUGAAGAAGCCGCAAUACCAGUUAUGCUAUAUUGAUCCUGGAAUUGCAAGUGGUGAAGAGUUGGAGGAGCUGAAGAACAUACACAGUGUCCUCCAUGAGUUGUAGAAACUAAUCUAACUAAUUUUAUCUAUCACUACUUUCAGUCUAAAA